AUGCCUUUUCUAAUCGAAGACUCCUGGAUCAAUGGCCAGGCCAGUACCAGCGAUAUUUCGGAGCUCGAGGACUGCGCCAUUGCCGUCGAUGCGUCCUAUUAUCUCAACCUUUUGCUCGACACUCCGCCCGCUCACGAGCCACUGCUGUCCGCCCUCGGCGGCUUGACCGGCAUCGAAGCUCACAUCAACGAGAACCUCGAUCAUUGGAGCAAGAACCGCAUCACGCCCUUCUUCAUCUUUGACGGACAGUCCAUCACCGGCCAAGACCAAGUAUCUCUCGCCCGCCGGCGCAGCGCGAACCAGAAGACCGACGAUGCGUGGAACCUAUACUCACAAUCCCAGGCCGAGCAGGCCGUGGCCACUUUUGGGGCCAACCCUGGCGCCUUUUGCGUUCGCAACCUAUACCCCUUGCUUCAGAACAUUCUGAAGAAGCGUGGCUUGCACUUCCUGGUGCCUCCUUACAAUGCUUGCGCACAGCUGGCGUACUUCGAGAUGAUCGACUCCGACCAAUGCGCUGGUGUGAUGGGCCCCCAGGAGCUCCUUCUCUACCCCGUCAAGGACUCCAUCAUCCGCAGCUUUGACUGGGAGGCCAAGACGGUGAGCUUUGUCUCAAAGAAGAAGGCCAUGACGGGUCUCGGCGUGGGCGAGCCCAUGUUCAUUGACGCGAUGCUCAUGACCGGUACCUCGUUUCUUCCGCCAUUCCCCCCUCUGCUCGACACCUCCAUGUACCAAAACGCAUUCACCGUCAUGGACGCUGUCAACAUGCUGCGCACCGCUGACAAGUCCAUUGCGACCGCUUGUGCCUCGUUCAACGACAUCUUGCAGGCCCAGGACCCCGCCUGGCUCGACAAAUAUCGCAAGUCGCGGAUGGCUGUGCAGCAUUUCAUCUACAUCGCCGAGAACGGCGAGGUCCGCGUCAACGACUUCGACAAGCUCACCAAGGACAACCACGAGUAUCUCGGUCUGCAGCUCCCCGCUGAGCUAUUCCACUAUCUCAACACGGGUCUCAUUGGCGCCAGAAACCUGAACUGUAUAACGCACGGCCAGAUCCUGAUGCAACCGACCCUAGAGGGAGGCGCCACCGACGAGUACAAGAAGCUUGUGACCGACAAGAUUCUGCCUCUGAAGGAGCAAGCUCUCGGCCUCAUCAUCCCCCGCGUCCACCGCGGCAUCGGCCACAAGGACAUCACUCUGCGUGUCUGGUUCGAUCCCAAGUUUGCCUACACGAUUAACCAUCGGGCGCUGCAGCCCCCACCGUCGCAGAAGGUCGGCUCAUGGGACGUCAAGGAGAGCGAUCUCCGCAAGUUCUUCCCGGCCGAUUUCGCGGGUCCCAUCUACCUGGAGGUGCUGGCUCUUGCCAACUCGGACUUUGUGGAACUGACCCUGGCCAAGGAGAAGUUCAUCAAGGGUAUUGACACGACGGAGAUGGUGACGUCGGUGGCCAUUUGGCGAUUCCUGCAUCUGAGGGGCUAUGUCAACGACGAACACAAGUUGACCAAGUGGGGCAAUGCGCUUGCCACGACACUGCUGGCGCUCAAGGAGGCAAACGAAAACCGGCCUGAGGUGCCCGGCCUCGACGAGGCCGCUCUGCUCGCCUUCGAGCUCAUCCGGCUCGGCGUCCUCACCGCCAAGUAUCGCGAAGAUGUUCCUGGCAUGCCGCGGAAGGGGACCGAAGAGGAAAAGUCGAGCCUCGUUCUCAUCAGUCAGUGCGCCACACUGCUGAAGCUGCGGCAUCAGGUUUACGGAUACACCGGGCCUCUUAACAAGGGCCUCUUGGCGUUCCGGUCGCUUUCCACCACGGUUCGAGAGGCGGACCGAGACCUGAUUGAGGCCAUUGUUGCCUCCAUGUUCAUGUACGGCCAGUGCAAGCGAGAGCGGGACGACUACUUGGAUAUCAGCCAGAGGCUUCCCUUCUUGCAGGAGCCUGACAUCGGCCUUGGCAUCGCGAUCCGAACCUUCUUCGACGAGGACGAAGCGGGCGACAGCAAGGAAGCGCGCGCCGCACGACUGGCCGAGUUUCCGAGAACGUUUGUGCCUUUCGCUGAGGCAUUGGCGGAUGACUUCCGGCUGUGCGCAGACUUCGUCGGAGCGCUCAACCAGGGAGUGCAGACUGUCGACAGCAUAGAGCUACCGGCCGCCGACAAGGCAGCCUGGGCCAAGGCCCAGCGGUACCUGGACGCAAGACCUUUUUGA